AUGGGAGUAGCCAUCCUGUCUGGCGUGCUCGACUCUCAACGAUCUCAACAAGCCAUCGCCUCCUCGAUGGCAUCCUCCGUCUCCUCCCUGCAGGACUCCUCCAUGGGGGACGAUCUCACCGAACUUCCCACACGAUACAUCGCCACCGUCAACCGAAUCGAGUCCGUGCGUCGACUGAAGAAAACCUUUUCCGCAUAUCCCGAUAUCGAGAUCCACUCUGGCCAAAACGUGCACGCCGCACAGUCGGCCGACGUCAUCUUGCUCGGUUGCAAACCUCAGAUGGUGCAAGACAUCAUCGCCGAACCUGGUAUGAAGGAAGCGCUUUCCGGCAAACUCGUCAUUUCCAUCUGUGCAGGUCUACGCAUCUCCCAGAUGCUGGAAUGGGUGACUCCUUCGACGAAAGUCGUCCGAGCAAUGCCAAACACCCCCUGCAAAAUUCGCGAAGGAAUGACCAUCCUCACCCCCCUCCCUUCCACCCUCCCUAACUCCGAGCUAGAUCGUAACAUCCUCCUCAGCAUUUUCUCCGCCGUCGGCCGGUGCAGAUUCUUGGACGAAAAACACUUUGACGCCUGCACCGCCCUAGCCGGCUCCGGCCCCGCUUUCGCCUGCGUCUUCCUCGAAGCCAUGGCCGACGGCGGUGUAAUGAUGGGCCUCCCCAGACAGGAAGCCCUCGAGUUGGCAGCUCAAACAAUGCAAGGUGCUGCGAGAAUGGUCAUGCAGUCCGGAAUGCACCCCGCCGCUAUCAAGGACUCCGUCACCACUCCAGGUGGCUGCACCAUCGCAGGCUUGUUGAAUUUGGAAGAUGGCAAGGUUAGGAGCACUGUUGCAAGGACGAUCCAGGCUGCUGCUGAACACGCGAGUGGUCUGGGUCAGAACAAGAAGUGA